GUAGUGCAGGUGCCGCUGCGCCGGGGCCCGGGAGGCUGCGCGCCGAGCCAAGCGGAGCCGCGGAGGGAUGGAGAGCUGGUCGCCCGGGCUGCAGGGGCACCGGCGCGGGGCGUAGGCUGGCGCGGGCGGGCGGGCGCGGGCGCUCGGGCGCGGGAGCAUUUGCGGUAGGAUGAGGCUCCCGGCGGGCGCGCGGUAGUACUAUGAUUUGGUAUGUGGCCACUUUGAUAGCAAGUGUGAUCGGCACCCGAGGUCUUGCGGCUCAAGGUGCCCACGGCCUGCGAGAGGAGCCAGAGUUUGUGACUGCCCGCGCCGGCGAGGGCGUGGUUCUGCGAUGCGACGUCAUCCACCCGGUGACAGGCCAGCCCCCACCCUAUGUCGUGGAGUGGUUCAAGUUCGGGGUGCCCAUCCCCAUCUUCAUCAAGUUCGGCUACUAUCCCCCUCACGUGGACCCUGAGUAUGCAGGGCGGGCGAGUCUUCACGACAAGGCAUCCCUGCGGCUGGAGCAGGUGCGCUCUGAAGACCAGGGCUGGUACGAGUGCAAAGUUCUCAUGCUGGACCAGCAAUAUGACACCUUCCACAAUGGCAGCUGGGUGCACCUCACCAUCAACGCUCCCCCCACCUUCACAGAGACACCCCCACAGUACAUUGAGGCCAAGGAGGGCGGCAGCGUCACUAUGACCUGCUCCGCCUUCGGGAACCCCAAGCCUGUCGUCACAUGGCUGAAGGAGGGGAUGCUGCUGGGAGCGAGUGGGAAGUUCCAGGUGAGCGAUGGCAGCCUGACAGUGACCGCAGUGAGUCGGGAGGACAGGGGUGCCUACACGUGCCGUGCGUACAGCAUCCAGGGGGAGGCGGUCCACACCACCCACCUGCUGGUCCAAGGGCCCCCCUUCAUCGUCUCACCGCCGGAGAACAUCACUGUCAACAUCUCCCAGGAUGCUCUGUUCACAUGCCGGGCGGAAGCGUAUCCCGGCAACCUCACCUACACCUGGUACUGGCACGACGAGAAUGUCUACUUUCAGAAUGACCUGAAGCUGCGCGUGCGGAUCCUCAUUGAUGGCACCCUUAUCAUCUUCCGGGUGAAGCCCGAGGAUGCGGGGAGGUACACCUGUGUCCCGAGCAACAGCCUGGGCCGCUCGCCGUCCGCCUCGGCCUACCUCACAGUGCAGUACCCUGCCCGAGUCCUCAACAUGCCACCCGUCAUCUACGUGCCCGUGGGUAUUCACGGCUAUAUCCGCUGCCCUGUGGACGCGGAGCCGCCGGCCACCCUGGUCAAGUGGAACAAGGACGGACGACCCCUGCAGGUGGAGAAGAACCUGGGCUGGACCCUCCUGGAGGACGGCUCCAUCCGCAUUGAGGAGGCCACAGAGGAGGCGCUGGGCACGUACACCUGUGUGCCUUACAACACGCUGGGGACCAUGGGCCAGUCGGCCCCCGCGCGGCUCGUCCUGAAGGACCCCCCGUACUUCACGGUGCUGCCAGGCUGGGAGUACAGGCAGGAGGCGGGCCGGGAGCUGCUCAUCCCGUGUGCUGCUGCUGGCGACCCUUUCCCUGUCAUCACCUGGAGAAAGGUAGGGAAGCCCAGCAGGAGCAAGCACAGCGCCCUGCCCAGCGGAAGCCUGCAGUUCCGCGCGCUGAGCAAGGAGGACCACGGCGAGUGGGAGUGUGUCGCCACCAACGUGGUCACCAGCAUCACUGCCAGCACCCACCUGACCGUCAUUGGCACCAGCCCCCACGCCCCGGGCAGUGUCCGGGUCCAGGUGUCCAUGACGACGGCCAACGUGUCCUGGGAGGCGGCCUACGACGGAGGCUACGAGCAGACAUUCUCAGUCUGGUACGGCCCUCUGAUGAAGCGGGCACAGUUUGGGCCCCACGACUGGCUGUCUCUGCCGGUGCCUCCGGGCCCCAAUUGGCUGCUGGUGGAUGGCCUGGAGCCCGAGACGGCCUACCAGUUUAGCGUCCUGGCUCAGAACAAGCUGGGGAGCAGCGCCUUCAGUGAGGUGGUCACUGUGAACACUUUAGCAUUCCCGAUCACAACUCCAGAACCCCUGGUGCUCGUCAGCCCACCGAGGUGCCUCACAGCCAACCGGACGCAGCAGGGCGUGCUCCUGGCCUGGCUGCCCCCCGCCAACCACAGCUUCCCUGUCGACCGCUACGUCAUGGAGUUCCGCGUGGGCGAGCGCUGGGAGACCCUGGACGAUGCCAUCCCGGGCACUGAAGGGGACUUCUUCGCCAAGGACCUGUCCCAGGACACCUGGUAUGAGUUCCGAGUUCUUGCCGUCAUGCAGGAUCUCAUCAGUGAGCCCAGCAACAUCGCCGGGGUCUCCAGCACAGACAUCUUCCCGCAGCCGGACCUGACAGACGACGGCCUCGCCCGGCCAGUGCUGGCCGGCAUCGUGGCCACUAUCUGCUUUCUGGCGGCUGCCAUCCUCUUCAGCACCCUGGCCGCCUGCUUCGUGAACAAGCAGCGCAAACGUAAGCUCAAGCGCAAAAAAGACCCUCCACUCUCCAUCACUCACUGCAGGAAGAGUCUGGAGUCUCCCUUGUCCUCCGGCAAGGUGAGCCCCGAGAGUACCCGCACGCUCCGGGCCCUGUCCGAGUCCUCCGACGACCAGGGCCAGCCGGCCGCCAAGCGGAUGCUGAGCCCCACGCGGGAGAAGGAGCUGUCCCUGUACAAGAAGACCAAGCGCGCCAUCAGCAGCAAGAAGUACAGCGUGGCCAAGGCCGAGGCCGAGGCGGAGGCCACCACGCCCAUCGAGCUCAUCAGCCGCGGGCCCGACGGCCGCUUCGUCAUGGACCCGUCCGACAUGGAGCCGUCCAUGAAGAGCCGGCGCAUCGAGGGCUUCCCCUUCGCCGAGGAGUCCGACAUGUACCCCGAGUUCCGCCAGUCGGACGAGGAGAACGAGGACCCGCUGGUGCCCACGUCCGUGGCCGCCCUCAAGGCCCAGCUGACCCCCCUCUCGUCCAGCCAGGAGUCCUACCUGCCGCCGCCCGCCUACAGCCCUCGCUUCCAGCCGCGGGGCCUGGAGGGGCGGCUGCAGGCCACGGGCCAGGCCCGGCCCCCCGCGCCCCGGCCCUUCCACCACGGCCAGUACUACGGGUACCUGAGCAGCAGCAGCCCCGGCGAGGUGGAGCCGCCGCCCUUCUACAUGCCCGAGGUGGGCAGCCCGCUGAGCUCGGUGCUCUCCUCCCCGCCCCUGCACAGUGAGGGGCCCUUCGGACACCCCACCAUUCCCGAGGAGAACGGGGAGAACGCGUCCAACAGCACGCUGCCUUUGACUCAGACGCCCACGGGCGGCCGCUCGCCCGAGCCCUGGGGCCGGCCCGAGUUCCCCUUCGGGGGCCUGGAGGCGCCGGCCAUGAUGUUCUCCCACCAGCUGCCCCCCUGUGACGUCGCUGAGAGCCUGCAGCCCAGGGCCGGCCUCCCGCGAGGCCUGCCGCCCGGCCCCCUGCAGGUGCCCGCGGCCUACCCGGGCAUCCUGUCCCUGGAGGCUCCCAAAGGCUGGGCUGGCAAGUCCCCAGGCCGCGGCCCCGUCCCCGGGCCCGCCGCCACGGCCACCGCCAAGUGGCAGGACAGACCUAUGCAGCCGCUGGUGGGCCAGGGGCAGCUGCGACACACCAGCCAAGGCAUGGGCAUACCCGUGUUGCCUUACCCCGAGCCGGCCGAGCCGGGGGGGCACGGCGGCCCCAGCACGCUCGGCCUGGACACCCGGUGGUACGAGCCCCAGCCCCGGCCCCGGCCCAGCCCCCGGCAGGCCCGGCGCGCCGAGCCCAGUUUACAUCAAGUGGUGCUACAGCCUGCCCGGCUCUCGCCUCUGACCCAAAGCCCCCUGAGCUCGCGCACCAGUUCCCCGGAGCUGGCUGCCCGCGCCCGGCCGCGCCCCGGCCUCCUGCAGCAGGCCGAGAUGUCCGAGAUCACGCUGCAGCCCCCAGCCGCCGUCAGCUUCUCUCGCAAGCCCACGCCGCCGUCCACGGGCUCCCCCACCCAGAGCAGCGGCAGCAGCCUCAGCUUCCGGCCGGCCAUGGGCUUCACCACACUGGCCACCAGCUGCCCCUCCCCGCCGCCGGGGCCCCCGGACACCCUGGAUGUGUUCGGCCAGAUGCCUUCCCCUCGGAGGGUGGGGGAGGAGCUGCUCCGGCCAGAGGGCCCCCCCCCACCGCUUCCCCCUUCCGGAACACGCCCGCCUGCGCCCGGGAGCGCUGCUGCGCCUGAGAGGCUGGAGGCCCUGAAAUACCAGCGGAUAAAGAAGCCCAAAAAGUCAUCCAAGGGCUCCUCGAAGUCCAAGAAACGAUCCGACGGUUCUGCCUCCCAGGCGCAGCAGCUCCCCAGCUCCCAGGUCCUGUGGCCCGACGAGGCUGUUUCCCUCCGGAAGAAGAAGAGACACCCCCGGCCGGACCCCUUUGCCCGCCUCUCAGACUUGUGCCACCGGCAGCUUCCGGAAGACCAGACGGCCAUUCUCAACAGCAUGGAUCAGGACGACCCUGGCCACGCCACUCUUCUGUGACCCCCCCUACUCUAAAUGCCCCCGCAGUGCGAGAAGGUUGGGGGGCCUCACCCUCCCUAGACCGUGGGCCUGCAGCCCCCUCCAAGCUCUGGCCCGCUGUCCCCACGUGGUGCCGGCUGGCCAGCGCAGACCACUCAGCAGCAGCGGGUGGAGAUGGGGCGGUAACGGGGGUCCGGAGCCAUCCGCCUGCCCCUGCCCCGCCCUCGUUCCUGGGUGAGUGUGGACGAGGAAGAGUCUGCCGCUCUCACUUUCCUCCGGGAGGGAGCGGCCUCGCCCCCCCCCCCCGCCCCCUCCACCAUCUUCCAGACUUGGAGCCCCCGCGGGAGCCCAGUGCAGCUGGGCCUGACGGCGGAGGAGGACAGGGCCUGGCGGGGGCUGGUGGCCGGCACCCUCCCUGCGUCUCUUGCCUUCACCCAUGCAGAGCUGAGUGGGGGCCUGCCACGGCGGGGGUUCAGCAGGGGUCGGCACCCCUGAGCAAGACGCAGGCCUUUGUUGCUUUGCUGUGGGGGCAUGGCGGGACGUGGGGGGCAGGCCCAGGGCCAGCACCCGUGUCUUCCCGCCUGUGCCCGGGACCCCGGCCAGAAGCUGCUUCACAGCGGGCCUGAGAGGCGGGUCCCCCGGCUCACGGCCGUGCUCCAGCCCCUUCUGCUCCCGCAGGGCCGGAAGCCCCGUGGCCAAAGGGCCUCCCCUGCUGGAACCUUCUGUGCUGUGGAGCUUGUGCUCGGCGCUAUUUAUAUCUGCCUCCGGCCCGGCCCCCCGGAGGCUGUUCCAAAGCCGACAGGAUCCUCCUUCCCUAUUGCUGCAGCUAAUUUCCCAGAUUGAUUAAUUGCCACGUGUGGGGCGCCCGCCGGCGGCACCCUGCCCCGCUACCCACGUGCCGCACGCCGACCCCACGUGGCCUCGGCCGCCCCGUCCCACCAAGGGGGGCGGAUGAAGCUGGGGAGCCCCGGUUUCUGGGGUGCUCUGGGGUGACUGCCCAUCCUGUGUCUGUGGAAUCGGGGCCAGGGUGGUCUGCGGGGGUCCGUGCCCCAGUCUUCUCUGCCAAAAUCUCAUCCGACUUCAAACUUGGCACCCUGAAGCUUCCUUCCGUGAGGUCUCCUGACGGGACUCUUUCUCCACUGAGAUUAUGGUGCUGCCCACGACCGGCGGGAGGGCGCCCAGCGGGUCCUCCUGUUCUCCCCCGCCUGGCCUCCCGCGGCUCCCUCGGUGCGGGCUGGGGACCCCCACGUCUUGAAGUAUUUCCUUCUCGGUGCUGCCGCCCCUGCGGGGACGUGGCCAAGUCAGAACCCUGGCGGCUCCUGCCCUGUCGUGACCAGGAAUGGUGCGGGGGGCCCUCUCCCGGGGACCCCUCUCUGCCACACCGGCCCGGUGCUUCUCUCUCUCACCACCCUUGCUGUCCUGCCACACACAUCCCAAGAAUGUGAUGAGUUGUGGCAAAAGAGGUGGCGGGGGUGGAGACCCUGCCCCCCUCCCCGCAGUCCCCUGUGGGGCCCUGGCCCUUGGGGGGCUGCCUUCCCCCUGGAGUCAUGCCCCAGAGAUGCCCCGAGAUCCUCCGGGGGCACUGGGGGGGUCUGGCGGGGUCCGGUGCCCGGUGGCCUUUGUUCUCCCGCUGGUGCUCCAGGCUGGAAGGCAUGCUGGCACCUGCUGUUCGCCCACUGUCCCAUUCCCAACUGUGGUGCUGGGAGUGGCCAGCCCCGAGGUGCCUUCGGGAGCAAUGACCAGGAGGUUUGGAGGACGUCACGGGAGCCGCGCUUGCGGCUGCCGGGGAGCCCCCAAAGCUCACACAGGUGCUGACUCGGUCUCUGCUCUGGCUGCCCCUUUCCUCAGCACUCAGACCAAAGGGUGGGAGCCCGGCCACGCGUCUCUCCGAUGACCAGACUGUCCCUGCUGCCCGGCGGCCUCUGUCUUCCUUCAGGGCCUUCAAGUGCAAACAGAGUCCUGCUGUGUGGCCGGGUGAAGGGGUUGAGCGACCCACAUCCAUGCUGGCACAUGCCCGAGGGGGUGGCUGUAGGCGUGGGUGGGUGUGGGUGCCUGUUGUGCUGAGGGCACAGCUGUUCCCGGGUGCCUGGUGCUGGGCACAUGCAUGCGGGUGAGUGUGAGGAUGGGUGUGUGCAUGUGUGUGUGGUUGUGUGCGUGUGUGUGCGCGUGCGUGUGUGUUGGGGGGGGGCGCAGCUGUUCCUGGGGCCGUGGUGCUGGGCACGUGCAUGCGGGUGAGUGUGAGGAUAGGCGUGGGCAUGUGUGAGCGUGUGCGUGUGUGUGUGUGUGGUGGUGAGGGGGCGCUCAGCUGUUCCUGGGGCCGUGAUGCUGGGCACAUGCAUGUGGGUGAGUGUGAGGAUGGGUGUGGGCAUGUGUGUAUGGUUGUGUGCGUGUGUGCGCGAGCGUGCGUGUUUGUGGGGGGCGCAGCUGUUCCUGGGGCCGUGGUGCUGGGCACAUGCAUGCGGGUGAGUGUGAGGAUGGGCGUGGGCAUGUGUGAGCGUGGGGGGGAGGGGCACCUACGUGCUGGUUGUGUGUACGUGGUGUGAGCACCCAAGAACAUGUGUGGUGGUGCUCAGCGGUGCCUGAGGACCAUGGUGCUGAGUGCGUGCACGCAGGUGAAGGCGCGUGUGGGGGCAUGGCCAUGCCGGGGAGCAUGUGCCCUCUGUGUUCUGGGGUGUUCCCUUCAGCCUUCUUUCACCCGGCGUGAGCUGUCUCCCCCGUGCCCGUGACUCCCUGUGGCUUCUGGCCUGGAAAGUCGCUCCAGUGCUGUGACCAAGUCGGGGCGAAAGGUUCUCCAUGGGGCCUUGGGCCAAGAGCACGUGGGGGUCGUGUGUGGGAGGCCUCGGGCUGCCUCGGGCGAUGGUGGGGGGCCUCCUGGCAGCUUUGCCGAGGAGCUGGGGGCUGCGCCUGCUGCGGAGAGGCCCGUGUGGGCUGCCGGGGCGGGGAGUACUGGCUCUCUUCACUGCCGGCUUUGCGUCGAUCCCAGGUGCGGACAGUCUGUGUGCAGAAGCAGCUGUGUGGGUUCAGGUAGGAGGCACCUUUUGGGUGCCACAAACCAUCAUUCCCGGAAAGCCAGGCUCCCAGGCUUGGUCUGGGUGAGUGGGGAGAGCCUGGAGCUCGUGCUGCUACUUGGCUAAGAAAAGAAAGUCUUGGGGUGGGCCAGGCGAAGCGUCGUUUAUUACUAUGUAGAGACCCCCAAGGGCAGGAAGGCGAGGGUCCUUCAGGGCUGCGGCUCAGGAAGCUGCAUUGGUGGGCCUUGCUGGGAAGGUGGGGCUGGGUGGGGUGUGAGGAGGCGCCUGCUCUGGGGACAGGGUGUGUGUCCAUCUGGCUGAGAGUUCGGGGGAGGGUGGAGGCCGGGCACCCCGGGGUGGGCCGGGUAUCAGGGGUGACCGAGGUUCAGGUCCAGACUGAAGGUGCUGUGGGAGGGCAAGGGUGGACGUGAGUGCCGAUUUCCUGAAGGAGAAGUGACCUGGCAGGGGAAGCCGCCCAGACUCACGAGAACUGCCUUUCCAGGUGGCUCCAGAGUAGGGGUGUUGGGGGACAGCAGGAUGCUCGCCAGGGACCACAGCCUCACCUCCCUCGGGUGCACGGUCACUUGGUGUUCCCUGGGUGCAGUGUACACGUUGAGGACUGUCCCGUGAGAAGGCGGUGGCUACCUUGGGGCGGGGUAGGCUGAGGUGUGGCCGUGAAGGGGACCUGGGGAGCAGGGGGGGCGGGGGAGGGCGCCCCGGGCUGGCUCAUGGUCUUGCUGCUUCAUUGGACUGUCUUGCUUCUAGAUUCCGCCUAUAACACUAAGUGCCCACACGGAACAUGGACAUAUUCUUUCUGACGCCGUUCAGCUUCCUUGAUUGGGGUUGUUGCUCAGUCCUCAAGGAGACUCGUCCUGAGUGUGUGUCCCCACCCCUGGGCCCACCGUGUGCCCGUGUGUCCCACUUGGUUGGUCUUUCCCCUCUGUCUGUGACCCACAGCUGUCCCCCAACCUUGCAGCUGAGAUGAGGCAGAGGACGGUGGUGGCCAACUCAUGCUCAGUGGACAGCCCUUCCUCAGCUGUGAGGUGGCCCCGUGGACCUGUGGCCUGCUCCUUACUUCCACGUCAGGUAGGGGGCACCCCAUGUGAGAAAGGGGAGUAAGAGUCUCCUAGGAAUCCAGGCCAGACCCCCGAACCCUGGGUCCUCCACACGAGGCACCAGUAGGGAGCCUGAGGCCAAGGAGCAGGUGCUGGCCUUGCUGGCCAACAGUGUCCACCCCUAAGCCUCCCACUGGCACUGACCCCAGAGGGGUCCAGCUUUAUUCCUGACCCUCCCCCACCUCCUCAUAUCCCCAGACAUGGUCGGUAAGGAGAUGCAGUGCCCCUGGCGAGGGUCCCUGACCUGAGGAGGGAGGGGGAAGCUGUGACUCUGGGCGCUCAGUGCAGGCGUCUGAUGACUGGAGACUUGGAGGGCCUGUCCCCCCUUCCCAUCUCACCAGAGGGGGCCUCAAUAUGGACUUCUCCAGUCUCCCCCCUCACAAACCUGGCCUUGUGCAUGGUUUCUGGUGGGUGGGAGGGGAGGAGGGCUGGCGCGGCGGACUUUGCAUCUUCGGCCCUAGAAAUUCUGCGGGCAUGUUCUCGGGUGCUUUAGGGGGCUCCUAUUGGGGUGAGCCCCCUCCUGCUUGCUUCAGGGCCUCCGUGAGGCCUGAUUUCUAUGGGAGGCACUGACCCCCAGGACAUGCUGCAGCCUGUGAGAAAGAACUGGUCAUUCAACCUUUGCUUCUGCCUCCAAUGGGCAGUGAGAGGUCUGUGGAGUCCAUGGACAGACCUUGGCCAGGUUGGAGAGACUGGAUUGGGGCACCUGGCCUGUGUCAGAGACUGGACUGUCGAAAGGCACAUGAAAAAGUGCUCUGCAUCACUAAUCAUCAGAGAGAUGCAGAUCAAGAGACUGGACUGUGUCCGGGACUGCUCUCGAGCCGUCAGCUGUCCACACCACUUUCCUCUCCUGAGUACAGGCGGAGAGUAGGUGUCAGUGCAUGAGUGUGUGAGCGCUUGACUGUGUAUGAAUGUGUGAGUGCAUGAGUGUGUGAAUGCAUGAGUGUGUUUGAAUGCAUGAGUGUCUGUGUGAGUGCUUGAGUUUGUGAGUGUAUGAGUGCGUGAGUGUGUGUGAGUGUGUGUGUGAGUGCAUAGAUGUGUCUGAAUGGGAAUGUCUGUGUGUGUGAGUGGUGUGUGUGAGUGGCUGCUGGGGGGUGUAUUUGUGUACAGGAGAUUUAUGGGGACCCACAGAUUUGCUUGCGUAGCUGGCCUAGGAGACCCUUGGCUUCCUUUGCUGGAGACUGCUCUUGGGGCAGGAGGUGGAAUUAGUACUAGGCCACUGUUAGUGUAUUUUUAUGGAGAUUGUAUAUAAAAUUAUAUACAUAUAUAUAGUUUGCUCUAUUUUAAGGAGAGAGGGAACUUAGGAGAGAGGGUGGGGGGAGGGGUGAUGCCAGGAUCAGAUGCAAUAGUCCCGAGGGGGCUCUCGAUGGGAGGGACAGCCGGGCAGUGGGCAGUGGAGGAGACUGGGGCAGGAUGGGUGGGCUGCCCCCUGCGCAUAUAUAUAUAUAUAUAAAUAGGAAACCUAUAUGGAGUCUAGCUAGCUUAUCUAUAUAUCUAUAUAUCUAUAUGAAGUCAUAGCUUGCUUUAUUUUUUUACCUGUGCUUAGAGAUGUUCUGAGUGGGACCAUUGGGCCCGUGGGGUCUGGGACCCUCACUCUUGCCUUGAAGCCCUCCCCGCUCCUUGCCUCUUCUCCCGAGGCCCCUGUUCAGUUUCUCUGGGCUCCCUUUGCCCAGGACCGUGCUCCUCCACCUCCAGGGGCACACGGGCAGGAGGGCGACUGCUAGGGUCUGGGUCUCUAAGCAGGAGUGGUCUCAUCCAGAGGGGAUGGUGAGGAGAAGGCAGGAGGGGGCGCCGGGGGUGGGGGCAGCCCUAAAGCACCCGUUUCUCAGAGUGGAAGGAGGCGGCGAGGAAGGACCCUCUCCGUGCCCGGAUUCACAGCCAGUGCCGCCUGCCCGGGCAUUCAGUGGCCCCGAGUGGCAGCCCAUCUGUGGGCAGGAAGUUACCCAUUAGGGAAGGUCAGGUGCCCCUGGGAAGGGGUGGGUCCCCCACAGUGGAGAACCCUGGCCAUGAUGGCAUGUGGCUGGUGAGGAUUUCCAGAGCAGGCAGAGGGCACGGGCCCAGCCGGGGGACAGGGCUGGUGCUGGCCCAGCAGGUGCCCUGCAGACCUCAGAACCCACGUUUCCCCUGCAGCCAGUGGCUCCCCUGGGUGCUUCUUGUUCCAGAGCUCCCUGGCCUGCCCUGGGGCCAGUGACCCAGCAGAGCCGGCAGCCUUGCUGCGCACCACGUGAAGUAGGCAGUACCCCUCUCCUCAACCAAAGGCCAGCCUUCAGGGCGACUGCCGUGGGCACAGUGCUGUGGACUCUGGGAACAGGGGGACGGGCUGAGGGUGAACUGUGGCCCCAGGCCUGACGCUUCUGCCCCACGAUGUAGAUCUUGUGGGGCUCUGCCUGUGCUCAUCUCUGGCCAGCAGCCAGGGUCCCCUGGCUCUGGGGUGUUCAGGGGCCACCGUCUGCUCCUCCUGGUGGGUUUACAGGGAGCUCGAGCUAAUUCCGUGCAACCCUUGCACCCCUCGAGCUGACCAAAGCUGCUACACCAAGGGGUUUCCAGACUGUUCUUUAGCUCCUGCUCCCCCUGCCUAUGUCUGUCGAGCAGCAGUGCCGGCCCCUCCUCCUCCCUAGCGGGGGCAGCCCUGCCACGUGUGCCCCCAGGCCCAGCCGCUCUCCACGCGGUCCAUGGCAGACCUGUAGGGACAGCUCCGGGUCCAGCCACUGAGCCAGCGCACGCCGGGACAGGGGCUCCCGGGAGAGGCAGAGCUCGGAGUGGGCUGUGGGAUGGCCUCGAGCCGCCCUGGCCGCCAGCCGCGUGGUGCCGGGAGGGGACAGCUCAGGGGCCAGGGCUUCGCAGCCUCCCUGAACACCAGGGCAGCUGAACUCCGAGAGCUGGGCGCCCCGGGACAGGGUGGUGCCUGGGUCCAGCCCCUGGGCUUGGCCACUGCCUGGGCAUGGGCUCUGUGCUGCCCAGUGCCCUGGGGCUGGGCAGGCUCCAGAGCCCUUGGGUAGGUGUCAGUUCUGUUACCUGCAGCCCCAGUUUGGACAGUGCCAGUCCAAGGUCGUUCUUCGUGGACAGUGGCAUGGGGAAGGGGGUGUGCCUGUUGCCCCGUGGUGGGGGUGCCUGCCGAGCUGUGCUGGGCAGUAUGAAGGGGGGUGCACGGAGGCCACACCCCGGCAGUGCAGAAGGGGUCCUGCCCUCUGUCCAGGAUCCAGGCCAGGAGGCAGUGCUUUGAGAGACCACCCAGUGCUGGCCCUUGGGGUUGGGGUGACCCAGGGGACUGUUGAGUGAGCGAGAGUGGCUCCGUUUACCGAGUCUUAGACAUCAAUCUCACCAACUCUUUUCUUCGGGGCUCCCAAGCAGUGCUUAGGGGGCCCCAGUCCACUUCUGGGCACUCUCCACUGCCCGUGUAGUGCCCGGGGUUCAGUGCUCGGGGCCUGUGGUGCUGGGCCUGAACUUAGGGCCUUACAUGGGCCAGACCUGGGCCUCUGAGAUCUCCUGAGCCUGUCUUGAGUCAUGAGGUGAUGCCAGGCUGUUCUGCCUUGGGAAGCGGGGAGGUUGGGCGGGGGGGGGGGGGGCGGGCACGCUGCUUCCUCCCGCCUGGUGGGGUCCCCUGGACUCCCUCCUCCUUGGCCUACCCUGGCACCGAUUCCUCAGUGCUCAGCCACAGGCCCGUGACUGGCCGGCCCGCAGACCCCACAUGUCAUACCUCUGGUGGCGGGCCACCUCCUGCUUCGCCUCCCUGUCAAGUUGCGGCCCCGGGCGUGCUCAUUCCGAGCGCAUUGGUUCCUUCCUCCUGCUUCCUUUCGGGCGCCCUCCCCCGGCCAGGUCUCUGGAGAUGCCCUGCCCCGUGCUGUCUCCUGAGUUGCUGCCGGGUGCUCCCGGUGCUGUCCUGGAGAGACCCGCUGGACGGGACGCCCGCGUCCCUCUGGCGCCUUCAUGUCCCCGUCCCGUCUUCUCUUUUGUUUUUCUCGGGGGUGUGGGGAGGGAGCCUUGGGGGUUGGCUUUUGUGUUUGCUGUCUUCUCGGUGUGGGUGGGCUGGCUCAGGCCCGUGGCCCAGAGCCAGCUCCCCAGGGUGGGGCCUGCCGAGACCCACCGUCGUACAGCGCGUGCAGAGCGCCUCUGAGCGCAAACUUGAUUGGCAACUAGAGGCUUAACUUUUUGAACUUCAGGUAUGUAACUCAAAGCAAAUAAAAGCACUAUUUUUUCAGUAA